AUGAGGAGAGUAGUGUCGAGUCAUAUCCAAACAUAUUCAUAUAAUCAUUCAUAUAAUUUAAACAAUCCAUCCCGACGCAUCAUUCAGGUACUCAAGAAGCACAUGUAUUCAGACAUCAGGCAUAUUGACAUGGUAGCAAUCAUGAAGCAAAUACAACACCAACUCAAACAAAAGCAGGAGCAAAAAGCAUCAUUAAUUAGACAACUUGAAGCAGCCAAUCGUGAAGAAGAGCAACUACAACAGAUACAACAAAUUCUAUCAUCUUAUUUAGCAGUUAAAGACGAAGCAACUCGCAGCUCAACAACAAAGCAACCAAAAGAAGACAUUCAAGAAAUAUCAUCUGAUGAUAGUCAGUCACAAACAAUACAUAAAACAGAAAAACAACCUAUGGCAUCAAACCAAGAAGAAUACUUACCACUUCAAGCUGAUCAUAAAAACAUAAAGAAACGGUAUGUAAUUAUCAAUGAAGAAAACAAAUAA